CAGCUGUUGGAGCGUUCGGAUUUGUGCCGUGAACCCCGGCGCAGCGGCCGCAGCAGCUCCGGGCGUCCGAACGCGAGCCCCGCCGUCUCCCGGCUCGUCCCCCGGUAUGCGGCUCCGGCUGUGAGCACCGGCGACCCGGGGACGCCCGGCCGCACAACUACCUCAGCGCACCGGUUGCCGCAGCAGCCCCAGGGUUCUGUACUGCCGUAGGGCGCCCCCUUGAGGUUGCUUCGCCUGCUGACCAUGUUCCAGCGCUUCACCAGCCUUUUCUUCAGUACCCCUUCGCCUCCGGAAGACUCCAACUGUCCAGGGGCCUUCGUCUCAGAGGAGGAUGAAGUGGACGGCUGGCUCAUCAUUGACCUGCAGGACAGCUACACGGCUCCCCCCAACCCUGGGGCCUCUCCUGCUCCCGCAGGCCGCCCUCCACCUGCGCCCUCCUUGAUGGAUGAGAGCUGGUUUGUUACCCCUCCCGCCUGUUUUACUGCAGAGGGGACCGGCCUUGGGCCUGCCCGCCUCCAGAGCAACCCCCUGGAGGACCUCCUCAUUGAACAUCCCAGCAUGUCUGUUUAUGUCACCGGGAGCACCAUAGUGCUGGAGUCUGGGCCGCCUUCCCCUCACCCUGAUGCUGCCUUGCCUGAUCAGGACCUCAGCGAUGGGGAGCUGGUGCCCGCCCGCCGGGAGCCCAGGGCCCUGCAUCACGCAGCCGCUCCCGUGCCAGGACGAGCUGUGCUGCUGGAGAAGACCGGCCAGGUGCGGAGGCUGCAGAGGGCCCGGCAGCGGGCUGAGCGCCACACGUUGAGUGCUAAAGUGCUACAACGGCAGAAUCGUGCCAGAGAGAGCCGCUCGCGCCGGCCCAAGCCCCAGGGCAGCUUCAUUUACCAGCCGUGCCAGCGCCAGUUCAACUACUGAGCGCCCCUGCUGCACCUCGAAUCCCUCGCAGUCUCUAGUCCCACCAGCCCCCUCUGCAGCAGCCAGUGUGCUGUUC